AUGACAGACACAGAGCGCGGCGCGCACUGGCUGAUGUGUGGCUGCGUGAACGCGUUCCUCCUCCAGCGGGUUCAUUCGGGGCAGCGCAUUAGCAGUCUGAGCAGGUACCCGCUGAGCCAGACCGUUCCCCACACUUCAUCCUGCUUCUGCAGACACCGAAUCGAUAUCCUCAAGAAUCCAUCACUCCAGACAACACAGCUGCGGGGAAAUUCUACCUCACAGAGCGCGCGGGGCUUUGGCUUUUGCGCUCGUUUGCGCGCUUUGGAGAGGUGCUCUCCAACUGGAACAAAAAAAAAGAGCAGAGAAAAGGGGUGUGUUAGGAGUCACACAGACCGCUUUCUUGGAACUCCAGCGACCAGCCAGCCCAGUGUCUGCCUGGCGAUGCGCGCGCACGUGUGCAGCCACGCGUGCGUUUGUGUGUGUGGAUCGUUCGUUCGCAACAUGGCGUUGGAGCGCCGAGAGGCACGACGGCUCUCCCCGGACUAGAGCGGCCGCGCUGCGCGAGGGGAAGCGGGGGGACCGAGAGGCAGAGAGAGCCGCAGAUCGGACCGAGACUCCCCGACCUGACCGACCGCGUACCGAGGCGAGCGCAUGCGGCUGGAACCGUGAACAGACUCACGCUGGUGCAAAUCAAAGGCUGUACAUGGCGGUGGAGACAACAAUUUGGCUGUUCUGUCUUCUUGCGCUGUUUUGUGGUCCAUCCCAGCAAGAGAAGCCUGUUUCAGUGGAGCUCAGCUGCGGCGCCGGGCCCAGCCAUGUAGUGUUGGAGCCAGGUUUGCGCCUCUUGCUGGAAUGCAACCUGGGGGCGACUGAUACACCUUUCAACAUCUCCUGGUUCAAGGAUGGCCAGCUGCUGCCUCUUCCGGGAACUGACUACUCGCAGUACAUGCUCAACCAGUCCCUCCUGCUGAAGCCCACGUCCGCAGAUGGCCAGCCCCCCCAGGAUGUAGAGGGGAGCUACAGCUGUGUGAGCGCCAGCGCACGUGGAGCCCUGACCAGCCGCAGCGUAAAUGUGCUCCUAGCAAGUCUGUCCAGAUUCCACAAGGAACCAGCCCCCCAAACUGUCCCCGCCAGCGGAUCUGCUCGGUUUGAGUGUCAUAUAGAGGGGAUUCCAACACCCGUCAUAACAUGGGAGAAGGACAAAGUCGCCAUCACUGAUGUGAAAAGGUUCAUUUCCCUUCCUAAUGGUGUGCUCCAGAUUCUGGAGGUUACUAAGCAGGAUGAGGGCUUGUACCGCUGCGUCGCUAGCAACUCUGCCGGGAAGGAGAUCAGCGAUGAAGCCAGGCUCACUGUCACCACAGGCUCUAACGAAGCCCUAAGCCCUCUCGUGAUUGUUGCUCGACCUCAGAAUGUCACAGUCAUGCUCGGCCAUCCCGCCGUGAUGGAGUGUAUGGCACAAGGCCUGCCCAAACCAAUAGUGUCUUGGAGCAGAAAAGAUAAAAAGCCCAUGUCCACCGAUGUGGCCGUUCUUGCAACAAACCUGGUGAUCCGGAACAUCCGGCGUCACCAUGCAGGGGUGUACGUCUGCAGGGCUAACAAAAACAUGACCAGUGAUUUCGUGAAUGCUUCUGCAGAGCUGCAUGUGUCUGCCUCGCCGGUGAUUCUCCAGCAUCCUGAGAGUGUGUCCCUCUCCAGAGGGAACACAGCAAGAUUUCAUUGCAACAGCUCCGGGGAGCCCCGCCCGGUUCUGCGCUGGCUGAAGAACGGCCAGCCCAUCAAGACGUUCCGGCGGGUGAAGAUUCAAAGCCCUGGAGUCCUGCUCAUCAACCAGCUGGCUCUGGACGAUGGGGGCUACUACCAGUGCAUAGCCGACAACGGGCUCGGCACGGCCUGCGCUACGGCUAAGCUAAUGGUCACGGUUAAGGAGGGCGUUCCCAGCCCUCCAUGCCACCUGUCCGUCACGCCCUACUCCAGCACCACCGCCCUGCUCACCUGGAAGAAACCAGAGAACAACUCGGAUCAAGUCAUUGGGUACUCUGUGCACUACCUUCUCGCUACAGGUUCUGAUAAUGUGGAGUUUCAGUUUGUGUUGAAUAACGAAACCACAGAGUAUCUGGCGAAGGAACUCCUCCCCCACACCGCCUACGUGUUCUUUGUGACGGCUUAUUCUCCUGGAGGGUCCAGUGGCCCGUCUGAUAACGUGACUGUAGAGAUGCUGGAGGACGUACCCAACGCUCCUCCUCAGCUGUCCAUCGACAGUUCGUCCCCCACUGACAUCAGGCUCAUGUGGCAUCCGCUGUCCUCCCAGCACAGUCGAGGGGCGGUCACCCGUUACCGCAUCGAGUACAGCACUCUGGAUCAGGCAGACACCAUUUUUUCCGUGGAGGUGCAGGGAAACGAGACUCGGUUCACGCUGCGGGAACUGCAGCCCAACAAGGUGUACCGGCUGAGGAUAGCAGCCGGAACGGGCGUCGGCUUUGGGGUUCCCUCUGAGUGGGCCCAAUACCAAACAUUAGCCCAGUACAGUCACAGUAACCAAAGCAUUGUGAUCUUUGCUCCCACUGAGCUAAAAGUCAAAGCCAGAGUGAAAACGCUCAAUGUGACGUGGCAUCCCUCGCCCAACCACACGCUGAUCUCUGGUUACAAGCUGUCCUACAGAGAAAUGGAGGCAGACACGAAAUCCAGCAGGGAAAGAUCGCUGCACACCAUCCGGCUGCGAAAGAAGGCGAGAUCUCACCUGCUCACUGGCCUGGUUGCUGACCGACAGUACGAGGUCAGAGUUUGGGCGUUCAACAAACACACAGAUGGAGCUGCUGCAGUGUGGAAAGGGAGGACCGAAAGGGAAGAGCACCGAAGACCGCCUCCACAUAUGCACCCCCCUCCACUGCCCCCAAGCAGCAUUCAGGCUGCUGUCAACAGCUCCACCUCCAUCUUGCUGCGAUGGGAGAAACCGCGCUUUAGCAACGUGCGAAUCAUCAACUACACGGUGCGCUGCAGUCCGACAGGAACCAGCAACACGUCCCUGGUGUCUUACCACACAAGUUCUGCUCAGGAGAUCCUGAUUGGGGGACUGAAGCCCUUCACCCGGUAUGAGCUGGCCGUGCAGUCUAACGGCGUGGACAUGGGGGGACCCUUCAGCAGCACCGUGGAGGAGACCACACUGCCUGACCGGCCUUCCACACCUCCAGAGGAACUGCAGCUGAACGCUCUCAACUCAUCCUCUGUGUUGGUGAGCUGGCGCCCUCCACUGGAGCCAAACGGCAUCAUCAGCAACUACAGGAUCUUGUACAGCUGCAACCUCAGUGAUCCGGAGCACAUGUGGAAUAGCCUCUCUCAGGACGGGAGCAUUAACAGUGUGAAAGUGCACACUUUGUCUGCCGGCACUCGUUACUAUUUCAAAGUGGGAGCUUCUACUGAGGUGGGGUCAGGACCCUCUUCCCCUGUAAAAGAUGUUCAAACUCCCCACCCCAAGUAUGAGCUGGACAUCCAUGCCCUGACAGGCAUCAUAAUCGGUGUUUGUUUGGGGCUGAUCUGCAUCCUCCUGUGCAUAUGUUUCAGCUUUCGUAAAAGCAAAUCCAGGGAGAUAUCUGGAGCUCUGAGCUCCACAGCUGUGACUCCUCAGUACAGAAGAGUUGGAUUCCCAGCUCCAGCCAAUGUAACAGACUGCAGUGACAGCCAUGAGCUGGACAUAUUGAUGCCCCCCAGCUGCCAAGAGUCUGCUCAGCCAUUAGCAGAAGAAUUAGCCCAAGAAUCAGAGAGUCUGAUGGCAACCCCUGACCCCGGACAGGGAAAGGAUGCAUCUGCAACUGAACCCAAGGCUGCUUGGAACGGCUCUGUCAGUCAUAACUGGGUAAACAGAAUCACAAAGUACAGAGACACGAUAACGGAGGACUCUCCGGCGCUCAUUAAUGGAGCUUUCAACAUAUUCAUGACUGCAGCUGGAUUGGAAGGAGACAGCCGCCUGUGUUCGUCCUUGUGCAGUAACCAGGUGGAAGCAGAAGUCAUUGUUCACUCUGAGCUGUCAGACCCCAGCAGGGAGGAGGAGGAUGAGGAGGAAGAGGGCAGGGAGAGGGAUUCUAACGCCACCAGAGGACCCUCAUUAUUGGAGGUGAGCCUGCAAAGUUCACCGGAGGAAGAGGAGCCUUUUGAAAGAUGUUUGCUGGCCGAAAGUCCUCCAUGUACUCCCUUGAAAACACUGGUGGCCAACCAAAACGGGGAGGCAGACGUGGCAGGACACCAGCCGCCUGCAGAGGCGGAGCCCCGGCUGGACACGGGGCUCACCAACGGCUUUCAUUCUCCCAACCCCAAACGGUCUGUGAGGUCAGAGCAUAUGGAGAAUGGGGACUCCAAGCAUUGCCCGUGUGCAUCAGGGAGGGCCAUCUCUGCUGGGCUGUCCCCCGCCCCCUUCGUCAGCUCCGGUUUUGUCCAUUCUACCUCAGCAGCACACUCGUACCUGUGCCCAUAGCCUCAUGUGUAGGACCGGUCCCACAAACACUGCAGACUGAAUUUGUUUUACCAAGCCAGAGGAAUUAUUUUUAUGCUCUUCAUGAUUGUUUUGCAAAGUUUUAUAUGAACUCUGAAUCCAUCGUUUAUUACAGCGUAUAGAGUAGGACAUAUUGGGUUUUAUCUUGACGUUUUCUAUUGGUUUUUAAUCAUGUUUCCCUUCUGUUCAUGUGCUAACGAAAGAAAGAUUGAACAAAUCCAGACUGGUGGAGUUUGGGACAUUUCUACUGUGUCACUCAUCGCUUUCUUCCUCUCAGGAAUGAAAGGUUCUAACUACACAUUAUCACUCCCAACUCAUUAUGUAUGGAGGUAUGGUUCGGGCCCCCUUUGCGCCAUUUUUUGACAUUUUGGGUGUCCCCAAGUUGUCGUUUUUUUGCUGUUCACAUUACGGGUCCCAAACCACUGGGACGCGGCACUAGUCCUUGUACCGAUGGUUGGGCACCCCUGAUUUAUUGAGAAUAGCCAGCAUGUCAAAAAAUGACAAGUUAGGGACACCCAAAACGUCAAAAAUUGGCGCAUAGGGGGCUUGAACCUACGUCAAUAUAUGACGAGCUUUGAGUGAGACAGUGUUGAAUUUAAGGAGUGAUGAAAUUCUUGGGCAGGUCAUUACCAGAAAUGACAAAACUGGAGGUUGUGACUAUGGUGGCACACAGGUUUAGCCCUUUAACAUCUGAGACGUCACUGGCGAUGCUUAAACAAGUUUUUUUUUAAUGUACCUUAACCAUUUAACGGCAGAGUUCAAGUGUUUGUUUUUUUGAUUCACUGUAACUUUUCAACCCAUAACAUGAUCGUCAUUCCAGUAGAUUUUGAAGAGGAAAAGCGGCAGGAGUUACAGUAAAAAGUAAAGUUGAAAAGUUACAGUAUGUUAAAGGGUAAAUAGUGUGAGAAUUUCUCAUUCUAGUGUUACUGCUACAUAAAGCUAACCUAACUGUCAAUCAUAGAUCUAAGCCACACCUCCGCCGCUUAGUCUGGCUUUACUAACCCCGCCUCCUUUUUGGCAUUUUUAUAAUCUGGGCUGAGAAUGGUCACCCUCCAACUGCCCUGUUUGGUUACACUUUAAAGAUUUUCUGUUCAAGCGUUGCCGACGACGCCUCAGGUGUUAACAGGUUAGCUUUUUACCUGUAGAUGCAAUCGGCGUAAUCCAGCAGAUUCUGAAUCAGGAUCUGCUAGAAUUACGUUGAUCACAUCAGUGGUUAAAAAGUUACAAAAGGUCAAAGAACAUCAGCACUGGAGCUAAAGCUCUGGUAUUAAAGGGUUAAUCCCUAAAAGCUCCCAGUCCUGCUGGAGCGCAGAACAUCCCCGUCUCUCUUCAGCCUUCUGCUGGCUCAGGGUCCACACACAUGCAUACAGGAAUCAUAGCUCAUUUCAGUCAUGCAUAAACAUGCAUCGACUCUUUUUCCAGAAGGGAGAGCAAGCGGUCUCAGGUGCCUAAUUAUUCUAGGUGCAUUUCUAAUCUUUUUGUAUUUCUAUGAAUGAUUGUAUCCCACUAAAAACAUGUGAACGAGCAGAAAAAAAAAAAAAGUAUCGUAAGUACAACUUAGACCUGUGUUUUUCAAAAGGCCAUAUAAGAAUUUGGGGUGAUUUCUUUUUUCUUUUUUUUUUUUUAAACAAUAUUUCUGUUUUAUAGAUAUUGGAUAUCUAAUUUUUUAAUCAAUGUAUUUGCAUUUGGUAUUGUCUUUUUAUUUUUAGGAGAACUUGGGGCAGAUUUCAUUGCAAUUUAUCUGCAGACCACUCCUAUUUUAUCUCCCAAUUUCGGGAUGUCCAAAGUGUGCACAAAAACUGCUUUGUUAUUACCGUUCAGGCUGAUUUUCCACUAAAGUAAAUACUUUUUUUUUGCGCUGAGAAAAAAAUAGCUUGAUUCCUCAAGUGAGCUGAUUUAAACUCUAAAAAUGUUAGUUUGAUCUUCAUUCAGUGGGUGUUCAAAAUAAUAUUUUUCUGUAUUUGCGUGGAGACCAAUGAAAAACACCCAUUUGUAUUUUAUAAUGAUCAUUUUUCAUGUUGAAAUCUUUCUUUAAAACAACCCAACUGCUUUUUUUUCUAAGUUAUUUUUUGAAGUUACUUUUGGUUGACAUGAUGUUCAAGUGGGGUUGGUGCAUCCUUUUUUUCCCCAACAUCACUACCUCAGUUCCUCACAGGAUGGUUGUUGUUUUAUAUCAUAUAUUCUUACUAGCGCUCUUUUAGAAAGACUUUCCAAAUUUCUAUUUUUAAUCCGUACAGCAUUAGAUAGUUAAAUAAAUAUCACCCAAAGCUGACUAACAAUUACUCAAGAUGGCUGUCAAUUUGCUGAUUAUUCAUAAGGUUUUAAAUGUUCACACAGGUUUGGAUUAGGCGUAAGUCCCAAUACAAGCUUUUAGUAAGGAAAAAUGGCAAACUUUGUUAAAAACUGCAAUUUAUACAUUUUUCUGGAUUUAUUUUGUGUUUUUCACUGGUUGGCUUAAUUCAGUGAAAAACAUAGAAUAAUAUAACAGUUUAAAUAUAUCUGAAAAGUAUCACUGAUUUGAAUAGUCUGUAGUUAAAGGUGCCAUUUUCACCACUUUUCAUUUACCCUUCCAUGGCCAUGAAACUGUAAAUGUGUAGCUCACCAGCAGCUGAUGUAAAUAAUCACAAACUCAUUUAAGAUCUAUGGAGCCCCUAAAGGUGCAUUGAAGUAAACAAAAAAAUAUAUAUAUGUAUAUAAAUAAAGUAAAUUUAAAAAAAAAAUCUGGUUAUUAUCUCACUGUCUGGUGCGCACCACAUAGCAACCAGUGUUUUUUAUUUUUUUUUCUGUUACUAUCUGGUAAUAACCAGAAAGUUCUGAUUUUUUUUUUUUUUUUAAUUCAAAUGUUAUUUUACUUAAAUGUCCCUCUAGGGGCUCCAUAAAGAUCUGUGUAGCAGGAAAUGAAAAAAAAGGUCUUUAUCAUCUCAGAUGAAUAGAAUAUUGAAAUACACGAGCAGUUCAGUUGGUUUAGUCGGUUCCUGUUAGAUGCUUUUGUUGACUGAUGGGAUUAGUUUUGAUGGGUGCUUCAGAAUUGUUCUUCUUUCAUGGCGGCAUGGUUGGAAUUUCCAAAGUGAGUAAACCAAAGAGACCGUGCCUUUCAGCUUGUCGAGCACGGUGGUGGAGGAUUGAUGUUUUGGGAGCUAGAAAACUCCUGAUGUUUAGUGAGUUGACCAUUAACAUCGUUGUAUACCAAAGAAUUGAGGCGUGAAAUGAGAACUUUUGUCUGACAUCUAGUUUUAGACCGCAGUGUGAAAGGGCAAUAUUAAUAUCUGAAAGUUCAGCAGCAAAUCUGAAAAGGCCUGAAAUGAGAGGGUGCUCAGUCACAUGUCAUCCGGACUCCUGAAUCUGAGUUAGUAUCAAUGAAGGAGGAGAUACGGAGAAGCAGAGAGACUCAAGCAGGCUCAGUUAAGUUUGGUCUAAGUUUUGUAUAAAAAUUAGUUCUAUUUGUAAGAGUUGAUAAAGACCAGAUCAUUUUUUAAAACAGUGUUCUGAUAUUUAAUAACUCGACAAACACUGAUGGGGUCAUUACGUUUUUUACAGAUACAAAAUAAUAAUAAAAAAAAAUCAUUUAGAAGUGAUUUUAUUUUUCUUUUGUUUUCAGGACAAGCAGCUUCUCUCGAAGUAGGACAACAAUCGUAUAUCUCACCAGAAAAUAUGUUGUAAACAAUCUCAGAAUUAAAUAAGUUUAUUUAACUAAUUUAAUUAAAAACCUUUUGAAGUUCUGCUGCAGUCAGUGAUGUCAAAACAAGGUUUCCAUUGAGAUUUAUGGAUUGAGAAUCAAUGUUUUUUGUUUGUUUGUUUUCUAUAACUAAAAAUCACAAUCUAUCAAGAGGAUGUUUGCAAUUUUUGAGAUCUACCAUCCUGCUGGUCUUACAGCAAACUCCUCGCUGAUCAUUUCAAUCCUGUGAUUUUAAGUUCUUAUCACUUAAGUAGAGCUAAACAAAUCAACAGCAACACGUUUCGAAAGGAGAGUAUGAAAAAAAUUAUGUAUGUAGAUCUUAAGAACCAGGAUUUGGCAGCCCAGCCAUAAAUUAGCUGUAGAUCAUUCUGGGAUCUAUUUUUACCUAAACCUUUUAGGCAAAGGCUGAAGACUGUUUGGCUGAAUCUGAAUUCUUCCCAUCCCCCUACAGCUUCUCCCCCAAUGGUAGGGGAAUUUUAAGGGGUAGGGCUGUCAAAAAUAGUUUUUUUUAAGGGCUAACCCUCACGGCGGAGGGAUCCAUAGACUUCCACUGCGAGGGGAUACCGCGUUGCGCUGUGCCGCAGAGGAGAAGCGCUUUUCUUCAUGUGGGUGCUCUCUGAUGCACAGAAGUUUACAUUUAAAUCUAAGUAAAGACUUUUUGUUUUAGCCUAUCUUUCUUAAAGUUAUAAAACAAGUCCUGUUUUGUAUUUCCAAGCGAUAGCAGUUCCGCGCUAGUUUAGCUGACUGUCUACUAUUGGUGAUGUCAUCAAGUGGGGUUGCUGCCAAAUUAGAAGCCACUAUUUUUUCAUAACUCUGUUAGGAAGGCUAAGCCCCGAUCCAAAUUCAUCCCUUCUCCCUAGCCCUUCUGCCUUCCCCUCCAUUUGAAGGGGCAGUUUAAGAGUAAGUGUGUUCAGGAAAUGUAUUUUUUAAAUCCGACCCUACAAAUGGAGGGGUGCAAAGUCCUCCCCCCUCGAGGCUAAACUGUGUUGCGUUGAGAAGCGCUUUUCUUCAUGUGGGUGCACUCUGAUCCACAGACGUUUGCAUUUAGAUGUAAGUAAAGUUAUAAAACUGCUGUUAUGUGUAUUUAAGUGCUGGAAGCUCCCCGCAAAAGCUAGCGGACUGACUAUUAUUGGUGACCUCUUUGACGAAAGUGACGUCCAAAAUAUGACACAAUUUUUUCACAACUCUCUAUUUGGAGGGAUAAAUGAAGGGGAAGGGAGAAGGGAAGAAUUUGGAUUGGGUCUAAAUGUAGGGGUAGGGAAGCCGUAGGGGAAGAAUUCAGAUUUACUAUUUGAGUUUAUCACAAAUAACCUGAACUGCCGAAUUCUUUGUUACUCAAUUUGAAAUCUCUUUGAAAACACACACUAUGGUUCAGCUCCUUCGGUCAUCAGAGUCCACAGUCAGCCACAAUGAUGUGCUUUUGUUUGAGCAUACUUAAAAAAAUUAUGUAUAAGACAUUAUCAAGGUGAUGAACUUCAACAUCAGUGAACUCAUUUUUAAUUUGGACAUACUAUAAUAGUUUUUCUUAAACAUUUUAAAAACCUCAGCUGCUCUUGUCCUCCCCCUGUAUUUCACUAGGCCCCAUCACAACACCAGCUUUAUCUUGAGCAUGAGUAACAAAGACGCAGCCACCUCCUGUGACGGAGUUAGAUGUUAUGAUGUACAGUCUGAGUCCUUUUUAUUUCCUUUCAAUGCUGCUUUUCCUUUUUCCCUCUCAAUGCAGUUGUGUCACAGUGCAUUGAGCAGAAGAUCUAGACUGUAAAUGAUAAAAUCCACCUCCAGUAUAAAAGGUGCAUGCUUUGCUUAUUAACACAGAAAAAAAGAAAAAAACUGCUCACAUGUAACCACCAUCUCUUUUUGUUGCCUCGAACAAUCAAACCUUAAUGAGGAAAACGUGUCAUGCUCUGUUUGCAGAGAUGAUAAUUACUUUGAUAAUUGUGUAUAUUUCAUUCUCCUUUUGGAAUGGUUUUAUGAAACUAUAUAUACCUCAUGUGGGUAAUUUUUAUUAGAUUUGUUUUUGGAUAUUACACAUUUUGUAGCAAAUAGAAUGUAUAGACUCAAAUAUCCUCUAGUGUUGUGAGUUUAUCAGAAGAGGCGAGCAACAUUUGGUUUGGACUUCUUACUCAUUGCAGUCACAGGGAUCGUCUUGAUUCGCACUAAAGGCGUGGUACUAGCUAGUGAAGAGAAGAGGAACAUUUGAAGGAUAUUUAAAAAUGACUUUUACUCUGAAAGACUAGUACAUUUGAAAUGGAAGAUUGAAAAUGAAGCAUGAUGUUGUUUCUGUUGUGAUUAUAGAGGAUUGUCCUUCAGUGGAUACCCUCCCUAUGCAGGUCAUACCUCUCAGCGCAGGCUGCCAGUUGUACAAAAAAACAAAAGAAAACAAAAAAACAGGUUUCCUCUUUACUCAGGUGCUCCACCGUUGCUUAUAAACUGUAAAUGGUUCACGCCAGCAUGUCCAACUCGGAUGCAUGUCAUUUGUAUCUUCGUGUUGUCUUUUUGCACAGAUGGUAUCCUUUUGUACACGUUUUUUGCCUCUGGUUUUUUCUCUGCAUUUACAGGGUCAGCUGAUGUUUCUAAUGUCACAGUGUUGUGCAGUCUUCAGGUGGGCUCGUUUUGUCUGCAUGCUUUUAGUGUCUUUGCAAAAGUAUGCAAACGCUCUCCUGCUAAGUGCCAGAAAACAUCCUGGAACAACCGUUUGUGAUCAUUGUGUACAGAGCAACCCCUCGUAACACAUUGGAGCACUUAGACUUGUGCCUCUUCUUGGGCCAUGAGAAACAUUUUACCUUUUAGAAGUUCAACUCUGUUAGCCUGAAAAGUUUCCCUGUGAGUGGUAGCGACUGAUAAUACAAAAAUGUUUUGUUCACAGGAAUGGUAGCACUGAUGGCCUGUGGACAUUUUUUUAAACUGUGUUACAAUUUGUGGAAAUGUAUAUAACUUGCAGCACCUGUGAAAUCUUGUCAUGUAAAUAAAAAGAGGACUCAA